AAGUCUAAAACAAUUUUAGACCUAUUUUCCUAUGCGGUCCACCCAAAUGCAAUCACGGCGCCCGAAAUCUUAUUGUCUUCUGUUUGCUAAGACUAUCGACUUAACAUGGCAGAUAACAGGAUUUUACAUUUAAUCAUUAUCGCUAACAAAGAGCUGAAAUAUUGUUGAAUCAUGUACCAUUCAGUCUGCUAGUAAAGUUGUUGUUGAGUGGAAGAUUUGAAAAAAAAUGGGAGCCCAACUGCAUGACCAAACUUUUGAACUGGAAGCUCCAGACGGCGGUUGGGGGUAUGUGGUGGUUGCCGCCACUGUAGUGAUUUUUAGCGUUACUGUAAUGCCAACCGCAGCCUUUGGUUUGGUUUAUGGCGAUUUCCUGAAAUCCAUCGGCGAUGAAACCACUGGAACCACCUUGAGCAAUGGGAUAUUCUCCACAGUCUAUUCAUUCACUGGCCUGUUGGCUAAUGGGCUGCUUGGCCGUUACUCCUACAGGACCGUAGGUCUGAUUGGCAGCAUCGCCUUCAUCCAGGGGGCCGUUGGCCUGAUUUUCAGCCAGACCUUGUUCCAGUUGAUCAUCUGCUAUGGGCUGAUACAAGGUUUGGGUUUCGGCCUACUGAUGCCUUCAUCAUUGUCCGCUUUCAAUGCCUACUUCGAUAAGCGCAUGGCUGUGAUGAUGAGCAUCUGCCAAGCGCUGAUGAUCGCUUUCAGCAUGGGCGUGCCCCAACUGGCUGCUUGGAGUAUGGUGACGUUUGGAUUUCGGGGUACCUUGCUGGGGCUUGCAGUGCUCAGCUGCUUGAGCCUCCCAGCCGUUGCCAGCCUGCAGUCAGUGGAGAAGCACUUGAGAAAAGUGGCGCUGCAAAUGGGCAGCGAGUCGAAGCUUGCAAAAAAAUCCGUGUCCAUUGAUAUGCCGCUCCAAAGCCCGCAGGAGAAGCCUCUGAUGCCGCUAGGCGGUAGCUUGAGGAGCCUGCAGCAGCAUCAAGGAAGGCGGCGCAUGUCCAUGUUGUCUUUGGGGGAUCGAGUAGCUUCGGUUAUCUCCAUCCAUCAGGAUAUAAGCAAGGAGGAGGUCGAGGAGGAGGUGGCUUUAACCUUUUGGCAAUCCUUCAAGAAAUCCAUGGACAUGUCCCUGCUGAAGGACGCCAAGUACUUGAAUAUCAGCAUAGGCCUUGCCCUGGCCUUUACGGCCGACAUGGCCUUCAUUUCCAUCAUGCCUCUGAUGCUGGGCAAUAUUGGGUUUCAACCUCAGGACAUCGCCUCUAUGAUGGCGGUUUUCUUCGGCUCAGACCUGCUUUCCAGAAUUCUGUUGACCAUCAUGUCCAGCGUGGUGCGGUUCAAAAGCCGCCAUCUGAUACUCUUCACUUCCAUCCUCAUAGCUUUAUCCAGAACUGCUUUCGUUCUCAAUGACUCCUAUAUGUGGAAAGUGGUGUUCCUGGGCAUUUUGGGCUUUCUGCGCUGUUUCAUCCAGACGCCGUUGCCCUUGGUGUUCUCCGAAGAGUAUCAGGAUCGAUUCCCCACCGCCUACUCGCUGUUUAUGGCCCUCAAUGGGGUUGUGAGCUUGAUUUGUGGGCCUUUAAUGAGUCUGGUAAAGUCGCUUACCAAAAGCGAUGUGAUGGUGUGCCACGUGCUUACCAUGGCCUACAUCAUUUGCGUGCUGGCCUGGACCUUUGAGAUGACCUUUUGCCGCGCAAAAUCCACGACUAAGCAGCCCAAAUGAGUAUGGGAUUAUGGAUAUUCAUGCAAUAUAAUUUGGAAAAUU